AUGUCCCUUUCUUCGAAUGAACAAGAUGGUGUGGACAACAACCCUACGAAGGAACCACCAACCUCUUCAUCUCCGAUGAUGAUGCAUCAACAACAACAACAUGAUACAAACCUGAACCAAAAUCACCAUUCCACAUCCAAUAGAUCUUUGUCCAACACCAUCACCACUACCACGGACAAGACCGAUAAGAAAAGAAAAACUCAAUCCAACAAGAAGAAUUCAAAAAACAAGAAAAAGAAAGAAGAAGAGGAUGACUCGAAUCUGAUGAGAGGUGAAGAGGAUGACUAUGGUGGGGAUGAUGGUACAAUUGGGAUGAUGGAUUCCAAUCUAUUGGAUAUGAAUGAUGAUGUCUUGAUCGAUGAUGAUGAGGAAUAUUCACAAGAAUCCUCAACCAUCUCAUUCUCAACAAGAAACUCCUCCUCCUCCUCCACUAAAAUAUAUUUUCCAUUUGUCCUUUCUCUUUCCUACAAUGGAAUACCAUUCAAUGGACUACAAAUUCAAUGUGGUGAUAAUUUGAAAAAACAUCCUCAUAUAUUAACCAUUGAAGCAGUGUUAUUGGACAUACUCGUUGGAGAAGAUGGAUCUCCAAAUGAUGCUGUUGCUGCUGCUUCUACUACAACCUCCUCUAUUGAGACUAUCUCUACUACUGAUACCACUACCACCACCUCUACUUCUCUGUCCACUACCUUCACUACCUUCACUACCACCUCUACUACUACUACUGCCACCCCUUCUACUGAGAUCUCCACUCCAUUUAAAUUCAUCAAAUCAAAGAAUUUAAAACAAGUCAAAUUACAACGUGCUUGUCGAACCGAUCGAGGAGUAUCUGCAGUGAGAAAUGUUCUUGGAUGUGUCAUGACAUUACCAAAUAUUCAUAAUAACAAGGAUACAUUUACAUUUAAUUUAAAUGAUGAAUUGAAAGAAUUAAAUCAUCGAAUCAAUAACCAUUUUAGAAUUAAACAAUUAAACUUACAAGAUCAAGUAAGAAUUGUCAACAUACAAAGAGUACCAGCUAGAUUUAUAGUACAUCAUUGGUGUCAAUUUAGAAGAUAUUUAUAUCUCUUACCUCUCAAUGCAUUAGAUUUGAAUCAUAGAAAUAUUCUCAUGACAUGUACCAAUAUAUUUCAUUUACAAAGUAUUGAACAAAAGAUUGAAAAGAUGAAUGAAUUAUUUUCAUAUUUUGAAGGAAGACAUUAUUUUCAUAAUUUUACAGUGGAUGCUACUCCUGGAAGUGAUACAAGUGUGAGACAUGUCAAGUCUAUGCGAGUGAUUCAAGUGGUGAUUCAAAGGAAUGAUUCAACUCUUGUCUUUUGUCCUACUAAUACGACUACGACGACUAUGAACAACAACAACAACACCACUAAUACUACUACUAAUACGACUACGACGAUGACUACUAAUAUUACCUCUACAAGUACUCCCAUCACCACCUCUCACCAACUUGAAAUACCUCAUCUCAUGAUUGAAAUUAGUGGACGAAGUUUCAUGUUACAUCAAAUUAGAAUGAUGAUUGGAACAGUGAUUGCACUGAUGAGAGGAUUGUGUACUAAAUUCAAUCAUGUUGUUUCUACAAUCUCAACAACAGAAACCUCACCCAUUGCCACCUUCUUUGAAGAUCAAUUAUUCUCCAAAGACUCUCUUUUACUUGUUCCAAUGGCACCCAGUGAAGGACUGUUUUUAGAUUCGUUGGACUUUCCAAAUUACAACUCAAAUGUGGUUAAGAAACCAUUUUCACCAAUUGCAUGGGAAGGUGAAUUGAAUGAACAAGCAGAACAAUUUAAGAAUCAAGUGAUUAUUCCAAAUAUUCUCAAAGUACUCAAAGAAAAGAAUGUCAUGUUGAAUUGGUUGGUGGAUUUACAUUGCAACAAGUCAAAAUACUUUGUCAAGCCACCACCACCAAAAAAGAAAAAUAAAUAG